CUAGAUUUCUAGGCUGUUUUGAAAGAAGGAGUAUAGGCUUCUCUCAUAGGUGGAUUAUUUUUCCUCGUCUUUCUGCUUCUUUUGUUUUUCCAUUUCCCUCCGUGGGUGUGUAUCAGGAUGGGUGCCUCACCUAAUCAGGGGAUAUCAUUAUUUGGUGCUCUUUUGGAGACUGAUCUUAACAUUGAGAGCGAAAGCUGGAGCUUGGAGGUGUUUGAUUGAGGAUCGCUGAGCGUCGGCAGCUCGCCUCGCCACUAAUUGCCAGGUUGAUGAAAGGCCGUCCGCAAAAGUGCGAGAUGCAGUGAGGAAGAAUUGAAGCGCAUCAGUUUGAAGGUUAACGCCCACUAGGAAGUGGAAGCUGCAGGAUGCAGUCUGGUACUCGGGAGCAGCCAUUGGCCUUCACUGCAGUGAAGCCACACUAUCCCACCAAUGGGAAGGAAGAGGAGGUGCACACAGAUCCAGACUCCAUGGAGGAAGAGUCGGAGUUCAACUGGGAGGAGUACAUGGAGGAGACGGGAGCCGAGGCCGCCCCCCACACCACCUUCAAACAUGUGGAGAUCAGCCUUCAGAGCAGCUUCCAGCCGGGAAUGAAGCUGGAAGUGGCAAAUAAAAGCUGCCCAGACACGUACUGGGUGGCCACCAUCAUCACCACAUGUGGCCAGCUGCUGCUGCUGCGCUACAGUGGCUACGGUGACGACCGCAAGGCUGACUUUUGGUGUGAUGUCAUGACUGCCAAGCUGCACCCGGUGGGCUGGUGUGCCCAGAACAACAAGACGCUAAUGCCCCCCGAAGAUAACAUUUACCUAAGAAAAGCUAUUAAAGAGAAACACAAGGACUGGAGAGAUUUCCUCAUUCAUGACCUGACAGGGUCCAGGACGGCGCCAGCCAACCUGUUGGAGGGGCCUCUGCGCGGGAAGAACACAGUGGAUCUGAUUGUUGAGGGUUCAGUUCUGGAGCUUCAGGAUGUUUCCGACCCCUUCCUGUACUGGCCUGUCAGGGUCAUACGGAAUGUUGGGGGCCGGCUCCGUUUGCGCCACGCCGGCCUCCCUGAAGACAACGGGGCCCAGGACACCUGGUUGUUCUACCUGGAUGUGAGGCUGCGGCCCCUCGGCUGGGCCCUGGAAAACCACCUUGCCUUAGAACCACCAACAGAGCUCAGGUCUGUGAAGAGCGCUGCCGAGUGGCAGAAGGCCCUGGAGGACGCUCAACUGGAGGGACAGAAGAGCCCGCUGCCGCUCGAAGUGUUCAAGGACCACGUAGACCUGCCUAAGCACUCCUUCAAGACGGGUAUGAAGCUAGAGAUGGUUUCUCUGUGGGAGCAGCUCCAGAUCUGCCCCGUCUCGGUCACCAAGGUCUACGAUGAGGUCUACUUCCAGGUCACUCUGGACGAUCUCUCCGCUGAUGCCAAGCCGCGGUCGGUUGUGUGUCACGCCGGCUCGAUAGGCAUCCUGCCCGUCCAGUGGUGUCUGAAGAACGGCAUGGCUCAGGAGAGGCCUCGCGGCUACGAAGGCCAUGACUUCGACUGGGCCGACUACCUGAAGCAGAGCGGGGCUGAAGCCGCUCCUGAAGCCUGCUUUCCUGAUACAUGGCAGAACCGAGGCUUUGCCAAGGACAUGUGGCUGGAGGCGGUGAAUCCUCACCAGCCGGCGGAGGUGUGUGUGGCUCAGAUCACGCAGGUCAGAGGACGCCUGCUGUGGCUCCGACUGGAAGGUGUGGCAAAGCCCCUGUCAGAGUGCAUUGUGGACGUGGAGUCCAUGGAUAUCUUCCCUGUGGGCUGGUGUGAAGCCAACACGUACCCUCUCACCACUCCGCUCAAACCCGUCUGCCAGAAGCAGAAGAAGAUAGCAGUUGUCCAGCCAGAAAAACAGUUGGCUCCGUUCCAGCCGGCUGAAACCGCUCCUGUGAACAACUGCCAGCCUCUUCCCGUGGAUCCAGGCUCAGCCAACGGAAAAUACUGCUGCUCCAAGAUUUUUGUCAACCACCGCUGUUUCUCAGGCCCCUACCUCAACAAGGGACGCAUCGCAGAGCUGCCACAGGCUGUUGGACCCGGCAAAUGUACACUUGUCCUGAAAGAGCUAUUGAGCAUGCUGAUCAACGCCGCCUACAAGCCCGGGCGAGUCCUGAAGGAGCUGCAGGAGCUGGAGGAUCAGAGCUGGGACUGCCAAGAAGAGACCCUCAAAGCCAAAUAUAAAGGGAAAAGCUAUCGCUCCACUAUCAAGAUAGUCCGCUUGGCAGACCAGAUCCCAGAUUUCUGCCGUAAAGUGUGUGUGAAACUGCAGUGCUGCACAAACCUCUUCAGCCCCGUCCUCGUUACCGACAAGUGCUUCAAGAACUGCUCCGUACAAACAAAAACCAAAUACACCUAUUACUAUGGGAAGAAGAGGAAGCUACCCAAGCCCGCGGGAGGAGAGGAAACAGCAGAGGGAGAGCUGGCCAAGCCCAUGCGCCGCAGGAAGAAGAGGAAAGCUAUCUUUGUGCAGAAGAAGAGACGCUCGUCAGCUGUGGACUACACUCCCGCUGGCUCUCCACAGGACAGCGAUGAGGGAGAGGACGAUGAAGAAAUGGCAUUACAGUCAGGCAGCGAGGGCACCAGCUCGGAACCUCGCGAGGACCACACAGACGCCUCGUCGGUGGAGGCGAGCGGCAGCACUCGUCCUCGCAGAGCCGUGACGCUUCGGAGGACCAUCAGCUUGGGAGGCUCGGCGGUCGGCCAGGAGGCGGCGGUGGGAAUCAGGAGGUCGACCCGCUCACUGUCGGCCUACAACCAGAAGAAGUACCAGCCGCCCAAAGAAGAAGACAUGCAGGUUGAGGAGGAAGAGGAGGGCCAGCUGGUUUUGGACAGAAACCCUCUGGAGUGGAACGUAGAUGAAGUGGUCCAGUUCAUCAACUCCACUGACUGUGCAUCACUGGCCAACAUCUUCAGGGAGCAGGACAUCGACGGUCAGGCCCUGCUGUUGCUGACUCUGCCCACAGUCCAGGAGUGUAUGGACCUGAAGCUCGGACCUGCCAUCAAACUGUGUCACCAGAUCGAGCGUGUUAAGGUUGCCUUUUACAGACAGUACGCCGACUGAGCAAAGACCCACGGCAGCAGGCCACCACCUCUCCCACCGAGUCUGGAGGAAUGUGCUGGUCAGACACACCUGGGAAAUGACGGAUUAGCCCCCCCCACCUAUUGGAAAGCGUUUUUGUGGAUUUUUCGAAUUCCAAGAGAUAAUUUCUUUUUUUUUUUUUCGGAAUGGUUUCAUUUGAAAAGCACAAGUUGGGUGACAACAGGACAUUUUCCCUUCGAGGAUUUGAAGGAUAUACUUUAAUAUUUUCUGUGUGAAGAUCUUAUGCAGUAACCCCAGAAAAGAAAAAAAAAAUCCAACCUUUCCUGCUGCCUGCCUCGGCAGACCAAACACAAGACUUGAUGUUUGUGCUUUGCUGAUCUGUGAAGAACUUAUUUUGGAGAAGAGACAUUUGUUAAUUUCUUAUGUUGCAUUUCCACACUAUUUGCCACAUGGGGAUAUCAUAGUUUGAAUUAAGAGGAUAUUAACUAUGACGAGUUUUACCCUCCUACCUUAUUUUUUUCUUAAACAUAAUUGGUUCUGAAAAAUAUAUCCAAAAAGUAUUUAACUAACCAAGAAGUAAUAUAUUUGGAGUAUUUAUUACCAUCCUUAUUUAUAAGGAAUGAAUUAUUUGGGUGUAAAGAAAUAAUUGCUAUUAUAAUCAUAGUUUCAAACAUUUUCAAGUUUUUCUUAAAUAAAAAAAGGCAGCCCACAUGUGUGAGAAUAACUGUGCUCUUCUCAUUGUUACAGUCAUAUGAAACAAUCAUCUAAGCUAUUUUGUGUCCAUCUAUGCAAUUGUGUUGCAGAUAUUUUUGAUAUGUAAGGAAAUAAAUUUCUAUUGAUUUUUA